AUGAAGAAGUUCGGUUUCGGCAAGAAGAGCGGCGACGACGGCGACGACGCCAGCCGCUCUGCUCUCUUCGGCCGCAAAAGCAAGUCUCCCGCCCCGGGCAACGACAACCCCUACGCCCAAGCCCCCGCCGGCAACGACCCCUACGCCCAGGAAGGAAAUAAAUUCGCCGGCAUGACGCCCUACCAGCAGGCGCGAGCCGGUGCGCCAGGUGUCGGCGCCCCUGGAGGUCUCCCAGGCGGACCCCGACCCGGCGCUGGGUAUGGUGCUCCCCCUCCAGCUGCUGGAGGCUACGGUGCCGAGAAGUACGGGGCUGCGAGCGGCUACGGAGCAAACCGCUAUGACAACAACCAGAAUGCCUAUGGAUCGACUCAGCGACCAGGGGCUGCUGCUGGAGCUCGUGGCCCCGGUGGCUAUGGAGGCUUGGGCCGGUCCAAUAGCAACGACACGGAUGCUGUUCGUGAUGAGCUGUUCAGCGGUGCCCAAGACAGAUACCAGCAGAAGCCUCAGCCUGGCGGCUAUGGCCAGUCUGCUGUCCCUGGCGAAGAUGGAGGUUACGGCGGUUACGGGGCUCCUCGCGAGCUCACGGCCGAGGAGCAGGAAGCCGAGGAGUACCGUGCCACCAAGCAGCAAAUCAACGAGGUCAGAGGAGAGUCUGUCCAGACCGUCAACAGAGCGCUGCAGGCCGCUAUGCAGGCGGAAGAGACCGGUCGAGCAACUCUCGCCCGGCUGGGCGCCCAAGGCGAACGCUUGCACAAUACAGAGAAGAAUCUGGACAUGGCGACGAACCACAACAAAGUUGCGGAGGACCGCGCCAAGGAGCUCAAGACGCUCAACAGGAGCAUGUUCGCCGUCCAUGUCAGCAACCCAUUCACAUCAAAGUCGCGUGCGGCGGAGCGUGACGCAGCAGUCCUCGAACGACACCGCGCCGAACGUGAAACGCGCGAGGCGACCAGACAAGAUGCCUACAAGAGUAACCAGCGCUUGGAAGAAACUUUUAAAGACAUGACACUCUCCGGCCGGCCUCAAGCUAAGACAAAGUCAAGCGUCGCUGAGCGGUCCAAGUUCGUUCUCCCAGAGGAUAGUGAUGAUGAGGACAAUCAACUCGCUCAGCGGCAAGAGGACCAGAUUGACGAUGGUCUUGAUCAAUUGAGUGGUGCUGUCGGACGUCUCAAUGGCCUCGCCAGGGCUCAGAUGAGGGAGGUUGACCAGCAGAAUAUUUUGAUCAACAAGAUUGGCCAAAAGAGCGAUGCCGUCGACGACGGAGUCAGGAUGAACAGAGAGCGCUUGAACCGCAUCAAGUAA